AUCCGCAUCGACACCCUCUCGGCUGAGGUCAGCCAGCUGCAGAAGCAGUUGGCGGCCAAGGAAGCGAAGCUGCACGAUUUGGAGGAUGUUCUGGCCAGGGAACGCGAGACCAACCGGCGCCUGCUCUCCGACAAGGAGCGGGAGAUGGCCGACAUGCGGGCGCGCAUGCAGCAGCAGCUGGAUGAGUACCAGGAGCUGCUGGACAUCAAGCUGCACCAUGCCCGGACCAGCGGCCGCGUCGGCGUGGAGGAGGUGGACUUGGAGGGGAAAUUCGUCCGUCUCAGGAACAAGUCCAACGAGGACCAGGCGAUGGGGAACUGGCAGAUCAAGCGGCAGAAUGGAGACGAUCCCCCCAUCACCUACCGCUUCCCACCAAAGUUCACCUUGAAGGCUGGCCAGGUGGUCACGAUCUGGGCUUCGGGGGCUGGGGCGACCCACAGCCCCCCCAGCAACGUGGUGUGGAAAGCCCAGAGCAGCUGGGGCUCCGGGGACAGCCUGCGCACCGCCCUCAUCAACUCCAACGGGGAGGAGGUGGCCAUGCGGAAGCUGGUCCGCACCGUGAUCAUCAACGAUGAAGAUGAGGAUGAGGAUGAUGAUGAGGUUAACAUCCACCACCGCCAUCACCAUGGUGCCUGCAGCAGCUCUGGGGACCCUGGCGAGUACAACCUCCGCUCCCGCACGGUGGUCUGCGGCACCUGCGGUCAGCCGGCCGAGAAGUCGGGUCCCCAGAGCGCCGGUGUCAACACCGUGUCCUCGGGCUCGUCCUCUUCCAGUGUGACCGUCACCCGCAGCUACCGCAGCAUUGGUGACUCUGGCAUCGGCCUCGGGGACAGCCUGGUGACCAGGUCCUUCCUCCUGGGGAGCUCCAGCCCCCGUAGGCAGGCUCAAGCUGUGCAAAACUGCAGCAUCAUGUAA